GGCAGCGCCGAUUGACGUCACCGAUAGGCGGCCAAGAUGGUUGUCAAUGUUGAUAAGUGGUUUGGUUACUCGGAGAUCACGGAGAUUCAGUAGUGAUAACAUCGCGUCUCGAUAGAGAAGUUCUGCGUGAUUAGCAUUAUGCCCGUCAAGUAAGGGCUCGUCUUCCUGGUUUGGUGAGGAUCCGCGCGUUGAGCCGAUCGUUGCACGAGGGAUGGCGGACAGCGAGGAUGCGGAGCACGAGAUACGACGUGCUUUGGAGGUCGUGCAGUCUAUGAUCGACAUCUCCGCCGAUCGACUCGAGGGUCUACGAACCCAGUGCUCAACCAGCGCGGAGCUCACCCAGCAGGAGAUAAGGACGCUCGAGGGCAAAUUAAUAAAGUUGUAUUCUAAGCAACUUGUGACAAAAGCUAAAUUGGCUGAUUCAUUACCAACAGAGAUGAGACAAUAUCCAUCGUUGCAACAAUGGUUAAGAGUUGUUGGUCUGACCCAAGAAUCGAUUCAGAUGGUUUGUUCCAAAGCUAAUUCCCUUGAGGCUUUAAAAGAAAAAUCCGAGCAUGAGUUAGGUAGCAUGUUGGGGGAGAAUAAUGUGCGACAUGAGGAAGAACACCGUCGACUCUGCAGAGCGCUGCAUAAUUUACGACGUUACAUGGAUGUUCUUGCAAGAGGAGAUAUGGAUAACAGUGAUAUGAAUUUGUAUUGGGAUUCUUGGGAUAGACAUCAUUUACGUACGGGAGCCUCCCCUAGACCCAUUCGAUCUCGUCCUACGCGAUGUUCCGUUCCAUCGGAAGAUAGCAUUCCAUAUCAUAAUAACAACAAUCUAAACAGUGAUAUAUUAGCACAAGCUUCUUCUGUAACAUCCUUGACGUCAACUAGUCCUCCGUGUACUCCUCUAUUAUUAAGGCAAGGAUGUGGAAUUAAAUUUCCAACAACUCCUCCUCCAUAUAAGAAGAAUCACAUUGGUGUGCAAAACAGCACAUCGCAACCUGAAGUGUUUCCAUUAACUAAGUCAAAAUCUCAUGAAUCGCAAUUAGCAAAUCGCCUUGAAAAUAUAACGCAUCUUGAUAACGAAGAUACAUCAUCUAGUUCUGGCAAUGACUGUCAUGUAGGAAAAAGAAAUCGUCUACCAACAGAAUCAAGUUCGUACUGUAGUACAACGGACUCCGGAAAAGGAGAAAGUCUUUUGCCAAAUAGUAAUAGCCCUGUUAAAUCACCACCUUACUCCAAUGCGGAAAGUGACGACAACAGCUUUAAGGGAACAGUAACGAGUCUCCAAGUGCCAAAAUCUCCACGUACUCCGACUGUGACCCGGGGCAUGGGUCACAUAAUUGCUCAUCGCUUUACUAAAACUUUUAACAUUUUUAUGGUGACAACGUGUGAUUAUUGCGACAAGCAAAUGUUCAUGGGCACUACUUUAAAAUGCAAAGAAUGUAAAUAUAAGUGCCACCGAGAAUGCGAACCCAAAGUACCCCCUUCAUGUGGCCUACCUCAAGAACUCUUUGAUGAGUUUAAACGAAGUGUACAAGGUGAUGGUGCGUACAAACUUUGCAACUUUAAUACAGAGUUGACCAAGUGUAUGAUAAAUGUUUCUCCAAUAUUAAGUAAACCUGGCAUAAUGUCUCCAAAUCAUCAUAACUCAAAUUUAUUAGCUUCUUUAACUCGACGAGAUCGGAAACGAUCGCAUGCACACUCCGCUAUGAAUAUACCUUUUCAGGGCGCAGAUUCUAGUUCAAAUACUUCGAGCUGUAAUAGCUCAACACCUUCUAGUCCAGCAUUGUUACCUGCUACUACUAGCCAGACUCCACAAGCUCCUGUCAAGCAGCAGUUUCAUUUUCCAGAUGUACUAAAUGAGAAAGGAGCAACAUUGGAAGCACACAAACUCGAAGGCACGACCAUAUCGAGUGAUAGUGAUAGAACGGUAAGCGUUUCGGGAUCUGGUAGUGUCAGCACAGAUUCAGAAAAGACACCCGUCAGAGUUGAUUCUCAAGAUUCUCAAGUUUCUGAUGGCGAACCUGGAGAUGGUCGUUGGCCUCGACAAAGUAGCUUGUCGAUGCGAGAGUGGGACAUUCCAUACGAUGAAUUAAAAAUCGGCGAACCAAUUGGAACAGGACGAUUCGGUACGGUGUACAGAGGUAAUUGGCAUGGAGAUGUCGCAAUUAAAGUCUUGAACAUGGAUUAUUAUUUGGACGAUGAUAAAACAUUAGAAGCAUUCAAGUUAGAGGUAGCCACUUUCCGGAAAACUCGACACGAAAAUUUGGUUUUAUUUAUGGGAGCUUGUAUGAAACCUCCUCGAUUAGCUAUAGUGACUAGUAUGAGUAAAGGCAUGACCCUUUAUACUCAUAUUCAUUUACGAAAAGAUAAAUUUAAUAUGAAUAAAACUACUAUUAUAGCUCAACAGAUUUCGCAGGGUAUGGGAUAUCUUCAUGCUCGCGGAAUAGUACACAAGGAUCUGAAGAGCAAAAACAUAUUUUUAGAAAAUGGCAAAGUUGUAAUAACAGACUUUGGUUUGUUCAGCGUUACCAAGUUGUGUUAUGGAAAUAGAAAAGGAAAUGGUUUGAGCAUACCACCAGGCUGGUUGUGUUACUUAGCACCCGAAAUCGUUCGACGAUUGAGACCGCAACAGAACCGAGAUCAAGAAGAGUUACCAUUUACAGCUGCUUCUGAUGUUUAUGCAUUUGGUACUGUCUGGUACGAAUUAUUAUGUGGUGAAUGGCCGUUUAAAGGCCAACCUCCUGAAGCUAUCAUUUGGCAAGUCGGGAAAGGGAUGAAACAACCUUUAGCAAAUUUGCAAGCCUCCCGUGAUGUAAAGGACAUUUUGAUGCAUUGUUGGUCAUAUCGCACAGAAAAUCGUCCAGACUUCGCAAAGCUGUUAACUACACUUGAAAAGCUGCCUCGCAAAAGGUUAGCACGUAGUCCCUCUCAUCCUAUACAUCUUUCUCGUUCUGCAGAAUCUGUGUUGUGAAUACAUUUAAGUCUAUUUAAAUAUCCUGUUGUUCUCGUAGUGUAAAUAGAACUGUACAAUUGCCAGAUCUUUGUUUGUGACAAAAAAAAAUAAAAAUCACUAAAAUGUGUAA